AGCAGAUCAACGCCGCUGCACAAAACAUCUUCAUCAAUAUACUCACCAACAAUGACUGAACCCGUCACCACUCUUAAAAGGACUUCAUCUGAAAUCUCCUUCGUCACCAUGACGAUCGGGGACAUGGACGUCGCCGACGGCAAUCAGAUGGUCACGCGACUCCCCGACCCGCCCAAACCGCCCAAGAACGAUCUGCUCCUCGAUUGCAAAGACGACGAGGAGAGCCGCACGCCGCUGUCGUACGCUGCUGAACUGGGGCACUACGAUGUUGCGAAGCUACUCCUAGAAACCGGGAACGUCGACAUCAAUGCGCAAGACAAGAAUGGCAAAACUCCACUUAUCUGGGCAGUGAAGAGGGGUCACGGCGAGUUGGUACAGCUGUUCCUCGCGAUGAAGAAUGUCGACAUUGAAUUGGCGGAUACUUACUACGGCCAAUCUCCGCUAUCCUGGGCUUGUGAGUAUGGCCGUGAGGACGUGGUACGGUUGCUUCUCGCCACGGGUGAAGUUGACAUUCACUCAACCGACAUCAAGUCCCGGACACCUUUCUUAUGGGCUUGUAUGGAAGGCCACAAAGAUGUCGCCAAACUGCUCCUCGAAGCUAGAGAACCCGACAUCAACCACAAGGAUUCCCAGCACUACCAAUCACCGCUUUCAUGGGCUGCUGAGAAUGACCAUCGUGACGUGGUUGAGCUCUUGCUACAGACUGGCAAAGCCGACAUCAACUCGAAGGAUGAGAGGGGUCGAACACCCCUUUGGUGGGCCGUCGAACGUGGCCGAACAGCUAUGGUCGAGAUCUUGUUGAAGGUGGAUGGCAUAGAUGUCGACGCAAAGGAUACUGAGGAUGACGAGACGACGCUGUUAUCCGCUGCGAAGAAUGGCCACACAGAUAUCGUCAGAUUGCUCCUGGACACGAACCGGGUUGACAUUAAUGCGAAGAAAGUCAGGGGGAAUACAGCUUUGCUUUAUGCUGCAAAGGCUGGCAACAGCAGCAUCGUCGAAUUGUUGCUCCGUCACUCUAAUUGAGAUCCCGAUAGCUCUAGGGCGUAUGAUCAAACAAUACUUGCUAUCCUGUUUGCUAGCUAUCAAAAUGGCAUCAUUCUAUUUUGACAAGACUUAGUUAAAUCCAGG